AUGAGUUACACCGUUGCACCUUUUGUCUCGUGUCAUCGCGUUCGUCAAAUAGGAUGGCGACACCAGCUUUAUCCGAUCGUCUUUCUGAUUUUGUGGGUCUCAUCAGGAGAGGCCUCGUCCCAGUUAAGAUAUUCCAUUUCAGAAGAGCUUCCCGAGGGACAUGUCGUUGGAAAUAUAGCCAAGGAUUUGGGCAUCGAGCUGAAUCUGCUGAAAGAAAGGAGUUUUCGUAUUAUGGCAGACGCCACCGCACCACUCUUCAGUGUGAAUGAAAACAACGGAGACCUUUAUUCCAACAGAGUAGUAGACAGAGAAGCGGUUUGUAAAGAUAACAAUGCGUGUUUAAUUAAUCUAAAAGCCGUGUUGGACAACCCGUUAGAGGUACAUUAUAUCUUAGUGGAAGUGAUAGAUUUAAAUGACCAUUCGCCUGUGUUCCCGGAGAAAAUUAAACGGCUUGAAAUUGUAGAGUCUGCCUUGCCAGGGACAAAAUAUCUAUUACACAAUGCAUAUGAUCCAGACUCUGGUCCAAACACUGUUCAACAGUAUAAACUCAGUCAAAAUGAGUAUUUUCGCUUAGAAGUGAAAGAUCGAGGCAAAGAUGGUAAAACCCCUGUGCUACAAUUACAAAAGCAGUUAGACAGAGAGACCAAAAGCAAUCAUAAGAUGGUGUUGACCGCGUUUGAUGGCGGAAACCCUUCAAAAUCAGGGACUGUUGAAAUUAUAAUAGACGUGUUGGAUGUUAAUGACAACAUGCCUGUUUUCACCAAAGAUUCAUACACCGCGGUGCUACAAGAAAAUGCACCAAUCGGUACAACAGUGAUGCAAGUCAACGCAACUGACUUGGACAGUGGUUCUAACGGGGAGGUAAUUUACUCCUUUAGCAGAGAAGUUAAAGAUACAAUUAGGCAACUAUUUGAUAUCGACCCAUUCACGGGGGAGAUUACUGUUAAAGGUAAUAUUGAUUUUGAAGAAGAAGAUAGUUAUGACAUUGAUGUGCAGGCGUCUGAUAGGGGUAGCAUUCCCUUUCGAACGGAUAAAAGUGUCAUCAUAAAAAUAGGAGAUGCGAACGACAACCCCCCUGUGAUAGAAGUGGCGUCUUUGUCAGGUGCCGUGCCCGAAGACAGCCGCCCAGGAACAACUGUGGCUUUAAUUAGUAUCACAGACUUAGAUUCUGGAAUAAAUGGGAAAAUCUUGAGCCACGUGACCACAGAUAGUCCAUUUACCAUAAAACCUUCAAUCCAAAGCAAUAUGUUUGCUGUCGUCACUAAAUCACAGCUGGACAGGGAACAGCACGCGUUCUAUGAUGUAACUAUAAUGGCAGAAGAUGCGGGUGAUCCACAAUUACGCUCUAACAAAACGAUCAGGGUAACAGUAUCAGAUGUGAAUGACAAUAAUCCACAGUUUAAUGUGAUAAUGUAUGCUAUGUACAUAACCGAAAAUAACCCACCAGGAGCGUCUGUGUUUUCAGUAAAAGCCACAGAUUGGGAUGAGGGUGAGAACGGGUUAAUUUCUUAUCAGAUACACAGAGGCGGUGGAGAUGAAUACAAAAUCGUAUCAUUUCUUAACAUAAACACCGAAACUGGUGAUAUUGUAGCACUAAAAAGUUUUGACUUUGAGACAUUAAAGUCUUUCCAGUUUCAAGUCGUGGCCUCAGACUCUGGGACUCCGUCACUGAGCAGCAACGCGACAGUGCACGUGUUCAUCCUGGAUCAGAACGACAACGCUCCAGUCAUUCUGUAUCCAGUCAGGUCUAAUGGUUCUGCUGAAGGAGUGGAGGAGAUCCCCCGCAAUGUGAACGCGGGACACUUGGUGACUAAAGUCAGGGCCUAUGACUCUGAUAUCGGAUAUAACGGCUGGCUGCUGUUUUCACUGCAGGAAGUGACUGACCACAGUCUGUUUGGGUUGGACCGCUACACAGGACAGAUCAGGACACUUCGCUCGUUCACAGAGACAGACGAGGCCGAGCACAAACUCGUCAUACUGGUCAAAGACAAUGGCAACGUGUCCCUGUCAGCUACAGCUACUGUGCUCGUGAAAGUGGUGGAGCCCAGAGAGGCUUUUGCAGCUUCUGACGUUAAGAGCUCCUCUAAAGACUCUGAGGACACUAACGUGACUUUUUACCUGAUGAUAACUCUGGCCUCGGUCUCAGCUCUGUUCAUUCUCAGUAUCAUUGUGCUGAUUGCAAUGCAGUGCUCCAAGUCCAGCACUGACUACACCUCCAAGUACUUACAGGAUACAAACUAUGACGGGACUCUGUGCCACAGCAUCCAGUACAGAUCUGGAGACAAGCGCUACAUGUUAGUUGGACCCAGAAUGAGCGUAGGAUCCACUAUAGUCCCAGGGAGCCAAGCCAACACACUGGUGCUGCCUGACAGGAGGAGGCCCUCUGAAGAGGUAAAGCAUAAACAAACCAAUCUGAUUUAA